AAGUUAAAUUGUUGAAUCAGAUCACUUAUUUCGAGAGGAACUUGGCCAGUCCACAACUGGAGAGGCCUGAAAAUCGUUUCGUGAGCCUUUCGAACUUCAUUGUCUAAUCCCUUGAGAUUUUCGUCGUUGUCGUCGAUCGUCUGCAGGAAACCAUGGAGGUCAUUUCAUUAGAUUGCAAAAUCACAACACCUGCGAACCUCGUAAACUUGGAGCCACGUCAAAAGUAUACUUGGUAUCUGGUCGAGGUUUGGAAUAGGGACGAACUUAAGGGCAGAGGCGGCGGUUUGAAGGACGAGCCUUGUGGCGGCGAUGAUUGUUUUCUUUCCGUCACCAGCAGGGACGGUUGGGGAUGGCAGAUCGGGCACCGAGGGGUCAGAUUGUAUGGGAUCGGGGGAGUUCGAUUGGUCGAUAUGAGUGGGAUCGGGGCUGGGAUUUCUGUUGAACAGCUGAUCUAUAGCGUGCCGAACAGACCACCGCUGCUUCUGGCCUCGAGAACUACCACCAGUAGUAGUAAGAGGCUCAAGACGGGAUCUAUCAAAUCCACCGCAAUCUGUGCUAGUUGUUGGAUCGCUUUCAGUGGGAGAAGUAGUGAUCUGGGGGCUGGGAACGGAUGUCGAGGGUCGCGAAGGGCUACCGGGAGGUGCAGGAGAAUGUCCUCUCUUAGAAAACUUAAAUCGAUCAAACAUCGUGUAUCAGCAAUCGCAGAGGGUGUUGUGGGCAGAGAGGAGAGUUGAGCCGAACACGACAUAUAAGGCAGUACUUUGCUAACCACUGCCAAAUCAGGACAACUUGUGUUUACUACGCCCCCUUGAGUAUUUUGCAAGCGAUUUUUUGACAUGGUCUCCGUUGUUGAUAGUUAUUUGGUUCGGACCACCAAACGCAGCUGCCACAGCGAACUAUCCUAU